UACCUUUCGAGGACAUGCACGGCAAGGGCGAUCGUUGGAAAGCACGAAUCUGCGAUAGUCCGAGCUGUUCAGUAGACAACACGUUAAUCCUAAUCGAGUGGUGACUACCCGUGAAUCCCAUUUAUGUGAAGAGCUUUCCUUACUCAUAGGGCGAUGCCUAAGCGUGGCCAAGACGUAAAACGUGGCGGCGCACGAGAUAGCUUAAAUGACGUUGCCGACGCCUCACGAAGGUCCGGACCCAAUUACCAAGCCCAGACAAGCCAGCGACCAAACAAUGGCUUCCGCGAUUGUGCCCUCUGCGGUUGCCGUGUGCCACAGAGCACCUGGGAAACUCACGUUCAAGGCAUUAAACAUCGUCGCAACCAGGCUAGCGUAGCCCUUCACGGCGAGCCGGGCCACCUGGUGCGCUCCAUCUUCGAGCCCGACCCCGCUGGCUUGCCGCCCUCCUACCAGAGCCGCGACCCAGUAGCACAACGAGCGCAGCAACUUCGCGACCUCUCCAUACUGGGAAGCGACGAGGGCACCGCAGGCGCUGGCAGCGACGGUGGCGGCAGCACCAGCAGCGACAACAGCCGUGGUGCUGGCAACAACGCGUCUGGCCGCAGGCGGAACCGCGGUGGCACUGACCACCACCACGAGCAGCAGUCUGACAGGCGGCAGCAGCAGCAGCAGCAGCACCGGCAGCCAGCAUCCCAGCGGGGGGCACCGCCGGCGCCCUCCGCCGCGCCUCCGCCGCGGGAGGUACCUCGCCGUCGGCGGCACUCGGAGGCAUUCGCCGAGCUGCAGGCCACUCGGGAGCGCCGCAUCCUCAGCGGCAGCUCCAACGCCGCGGGCCUCCUUCCUCCUCUUUUCCCUCCAUCCGAUGACCUCCUCCUACCAUGGGGAGCAGCAGCCCUUGGGGGCUCCUUUGCCAUCCCGACCCAUGGGUCAUCUCGGCCCCCCUCGCAGCAGCAGCUCCUCCCUCCCUUCGCCCCUGACGCCGCCCAGCUAGCCGCGCUGGCUGCUGCUGCGCGGCGCGAGGCGGUGCACCACACGGGGUUGGG